AUGGACUUGAAGCCGUGGGUCAUAGGGUGCAGCCGUCUUCGUGAGGCGAUUAAGAAGAACGACCUCACCUGUUUUGAGUCGGUGUUCGACGCCGACAUUGCCGUGCUACCUAUAAUCACGACCGUCGUCGUGGUUCUUUGGCCCGGCGACUUGCUGAAGGCCGUCGACGUCGACAGCGAGACCUCGUUCCGCCACCUAGACCCGAAAACUGCAAACCGGCUGCAUUCGUCUGAGGCGCUCGCCGUGCUGAGAUUGCCGGACAUUGUGAAGAACGAGCAGGUCGGCACCGGAUUGCAUGCUGUGAGCGCGUUCGGAUGGGUGGUUAGAGAGCGCGGAGCCCUACUCAAGUUACGUGCACCGGCGAGCGCUGAGAACCCGAUGGUUCAGGGGUUGAGGGCACUCAAAUCGGCGCUAGUGGAAUACGUCAAGAGAUGCGUUGCUGAGAGGCGGUCGGCGCCGUCCAAUCACCCUACUGGGCCAAGUACCUCCCCCCUCAACGACGACAGAAUCGAAACUAAGACGGCGUCUCAAGCUAGCGUGUAUCGCCCGGCGUAUUUCGGCGCGCACGACACUAGAACUAGCGGUCAUGUUGGCGGCAGUGGCGAGGCCGACUUGGUAGGAGGAGAGGAGCGGAGGGCAGGGUCCGUUGAGGAGUCCUCUACUGACUCAGAGUCAGAGUCGGGAUCCGAGGAGGAGGAGGAUGAAGAGGAGGAGGAUGAAGAGGAGGAGGAGGAGCGUGCAGGGAAGAAGGCUGUUGGUGCUGAGGCGGACUGCCGCCGAGGAGGGCGUGCGAGCCGGCGGACUCACCAGGCUCCUGUGGUCGGCGUGGGGGGGGACACGGGCGCCCUCGGCAUGGAGGAUGAUCCUGUGGCGAGAGCAUUGAUGGAGGAGCUUCUUGCUUUUCAGGCGCCAUCGCAGCAGCAGCCCGUCACCAUCGACAACGCCGCUGUCCCAACAACUCGCGGGGGGGCGCAACCUGUCGCCGGUACAGCACCAACAGCCCCGGUCUCGGCCGAUGUCAACGCACGUCACACGGCACCACCAUUUGCUGAUCCGCCGACAUCUGGGCCCGUCGCAGCACCAAGCACGGGGCAAGACAACGCCGGUCAGACCCUCACGGACCCGGUCGCGGCCAUGCUUCUGGCCGCGGUCAACUUGUUUCAAGCGACGGCACCUUCAUCGCAUCCGCCAACUACUGUCACCAGCGCUGCGCCGACCAUGCAGCUCCCUGCCGCUGUUGCCACGCCGUCGGACCCAGCCGGGCCGACCGUGCAGCCGGCCCGUUUGGCGUCCACCGGCGUCAGUGUAGCCGGCCAGGCUGUUCCGCCUAUUCAGAGUCAUCCUGUCGGCUUCAUACAGGUGGAUAGGGCCUUCCAAACCGGCCCGAGCGGCGUCACUGGUUCUGACCAGGCUGGUCUGGCGGGAGAGUCCACUCGGCCCACCGCCGUUACAGUGGCUACUCAGGCCGGCCAGGCCGGGCCUUCGGACAGGUCGGCGGGCGUCACUGUUGCGGACCUGGCGGGUCAGGCGGGGACGUCCACUGUUCUGGCCGGUGGACUAGUGGGUGAACACACCGACAAGGAUGGACAGACCGAUCGUGCGGCUGGAGUCGGCGAAAAAAAAAAGAAGAAACGGAAGGGUAAAGCCGCCGCGUCGCAGAAGGCCAUCGUUCCGAAAGAUCGCAGGGGGCAUGGUAUUAGGCUGGACAGGACGAGCGGUGGCGGGUGGCAGGGCGAGGUAAAUCUGGCUGGAAAGAGUCGCUACACGGGGAGAUCGGACGACAGGAUGGAAGUGGCGUACCUCAACGGCGUUGCGACGACCAUCUUCGACGGACACGCCAGCCAACUCCUGUUGGCCGAAAUGACCGGCGUUAAAGCCGAAGAAAUGACGCGAUGGAAGGCGGAGUGGGAGGAGGCGAAGGUGAUGCCGAAGGGUAUGUGGACGGUGAUGUGGUCCCGCGGCGCCACCAUGUUUCGUGCACGGUUCCAGAAAGUCCUCGCCAACUUCAAACAGAAGAUGUCAUCAGGGCCCCCGCUGAUGAAAGUGCUGAGGCCGGCGGUGUGGUUCGGCACUGGUUGGGAGCCGGCCAAGCGCAAGCAGCAGCUCAGCGACAUCAUCAACCGCGCUUGCUUGUGCGCGGCGUUUGGGCCAGUUGCGGCAAAUGCCGUCCCCAAAACUGGUGCAGACGCCAAGCGCAUAGGCCAAGCUGUCGCUACUUCAUCUUGCGCCGUCUGGUGCUUCGCCGAGACCGUGGCCGAGGUCAACAAUGCGGCGGGUGAAGCGAAGGCGGCGGCACUGCUGUGUGAAGCGAGCACCGAUUUUGCUGACACUUGUCACGACGUCGUGGUUGCGGUGCUAGAAACGGCGGUUGCGAGACAACCCGUCCUGGGAGAGGUCUCGUGCAACGUCACCGACGCACUGCAGAAGGAUGCUCUUCGGAAGGCGUGCAAGGGCUGUGACCCCACACCCGACGCCGAGAUUAUCGCGAGGGCGACUAUCGAGACCCUCGCUUUCUGGGGGUCGUGCAACGUCGGCGGCCCCCUUCUCCGAGCACGCGGCAUUCAAGUGCCGCUGGACAAGCAGAUGGAGAAGGAUAUGGAUAACAGGGGAAAGAAGGGACAGAAGGGGAAGCACGCCGCGUAG